AUUCAGGAAUAUCAUUCACAAUCCACUAUUUUUUUAAAAUUUGACUUUAUUAAUAUUCUGAGGCAACUGGGUUUUGAGACAAAUUUUAAAUUGCUUCAUUUCCAAAACUCAUUUUGGUCACAACAUCGAGGAGUAACCCAUUGGCUAAUUAAUAACUAACAUUUAAAUGCUGUUGUUAGAAAGGCAACCCAGCGCAAAACCAAUACUGUCAGCAACUCAGAAUAACUCUAAUUUCCUGACAGAAAUCGAUUCACAGCAAAAUAGUGGUUAUUGCAAAUAUUUAUCCGUCUGAAAGGGAACACUCAUCCGUGCAGCUUUUUGAGCAGUUCAUUUGCAAAUCAAAGACUGUGAUGAGUUCCACUCAGCCAUCUAUCUUGAGACUUGGGAAGCACUGUGGGAGGCGGUGGGUGUGUUGCAAUAACCUUAGGAUUGCCUUGAAGUGGCCCUGUUGGGAAUGGGUGGGUAGUGUAGACACAUCCCACAUGCGAUGUGGGGAGAGUAUUGGGCAUGGAGAGUCCAGUUCUACACCUGGGGUUCCACUGACCUGCUGCGUGAGCUCAGAAAGCCACCUAACCUCUCUGCACAUUUUUCUCUUGAAAAGGAUAUUCUUAUUUGUCCAAUUUAGCCCUCCUAUUGUUGUGAAGAUAAAAGGAAGGGGUAGGGGGAUACCUCUUAAGAUAUAUUUAAUGGACUGGGUAAAUUUGGGGUCUUAUAAUCUUGGGUCUCUAUUUCCCAAGAACAGGGUUAAGGAGCAAGACAAAUUUCCCGAUAAAUCAAAGCAUCGUCUUCCAGCUCAAUGCUCUGUGCUGCUGUUCAGUCGCCAUGUUGUGGCCAAUUCUUCCCGACCCCAUGGACUGCAGCACGCCAGGGAACUGUCCCUCACCAUCUCCCAGAGUUGUGGGAUGUUCGUGGGAGUUUUACUAACUGUGAAACAAGUGCCAAUGAGAACCAAUGUGUUCACUGAGUAACACUGCAGUAGGAGCUGGGAAACAAAGAUUAAAAAAAAAAAUCUGCGUGGCUCCUGUGCUCAAGAAGUUCACGGUCUAGAUCACUGGGAGGGGGCUGUGCAAACAGAUAAAUUCAGUGGGCUUGGGAUGGUGCAGGCCCGAAGUGUGAGCAGGAGUGUGGGAACAGUCAUGAGCUGAAAGAGAAUUCCUUAAACUGAGCCGCAAGGAGGGGAGGUUAUUUCAGGAAAAGGCUUACAACAGGCAAAGAUUAGCAUUUCAGGAGAACCAGAAAAACAAAUCAGUAUUUCCCAAAUUUCUCACUUCAAGUUCACGUUUACAUUUAUUUUACCUUAUCUCUGUUACCACAUAAACGAUUUUAAGUUGACUGAUUUUAGAAAAUGUAAACAAGUUGGAUUUAAAAAGAAAACUUUACACGAUUACUACCAUAAAUGAAAGACGUUAUUUGCUAUAAACAGAAGCUAACCUUUUAAAAUAAAAGCAACAGGAACUCAUUAAUUUAAUAAAUCACUGUCAGGCUGUUCCUAGUUUUGGUGGCCAAAGGGGUGACCCGGACGAUAUCGGGAUAAAUUACUGUCAGACAGUAAUAAAUCCUACGGAGAAAACAGAAAGUGACUUAGGAAGGUUCCUUUGGAUGGGGUGGCCCGGCAGGGCCCGCUACAGUAUGUCAUUUGAGCAGAGAUCUGAAGAAAGUGGUAGACCGAAAAGGAAAAGGAGGUCAUUACAAGUCAAGCAGAUGCUGCGGCUUGCAGAGAGAAGGCUGCGAGCCAGAUUCAGGGAGAGGUUAAGUGAUGGGGUGGCGGGCUCACAGCCAGCCGACACUUUCUGCAAGAUAGUCUGGAGCGCGGAGAGAAGCCAGGCGCUCGGUCGAGGGGGUUCCAGCUGCUGAAUUCUAUCUGUAAGACUAAAUCUAAGCUGAAGCUCCAAUCCUUUGGCUACCUGAUGCGAAGAACUGACUCACUGGAAAAGACACUGAUGCUGGGAAAGAUUGAAGGCAGGAGAAGGGGACAACAGAGGAUGAGAUAGUUGGAUGGCAUCACCGACUCGAUGGACAGGAGUUUGCAUAAACUCCGGAGUUGGUGAUGGACAGGGAGGCCUGGCGCGCUGCAGUGCAGAGUCGGACACGACCGAGCGACUGAACUGAACUGACUCCUAUCGCAAAGCAUCUGCAAACAGUGCAACCUUGGAAAGAGAGAGCGAGGCCGGCUGUGACCGCCCCGAUUGAUAAAUUAGUAAAUAAAUGAAAGCCAAGAAAAGUCAUAUCGCUGCGAACUGGGACAAGAGAGCUGAAACUCUCCUUCGUCCAGCCCGGUGCGGUCCAAGGAUGGGGGUGACAGGCAGACGCCGGCUCCGGGCAGAGCAGGGCAGACUUGCGCUCCUGCAAUCCUCACUCCCGGCCUCCGGUGAGCCCCCUUUCGGGAGAGGCUCAAAACGCGGAGCCGGCAUAUCUGCGGAACCGGAUAGCGAAGCCAGGACACCGAGUCGGCGCACGCGCAAUAGCCCGGCCCGCCCGGCCGCUCUCGCCGCUUGGGGGGAGGGUCAUCCGAGCCUGACGUCCGCGACGCCGACGUCAGCGCCCGGGGAAGAGGAGGGCGAAGACUCCAUCCGCCAUGUUGGAUGCCGCAGAUUCGCCAUAACCGCGCCGGCUCUUUUCUUAAAAAAAUAAAAAUAAAAAGCGAAGCAUCAGUGGGGCGCCCCGCCUUCUCGGUCGGCGCGGGAGGGGGCCCGGAAGAGCCCGACGCUUUUUUUUCCCUCCGCGGCGGGGGCGUUGCCAUGGAGACGCGGGCGGCAGAAAACCCAGCCAUCUUCAUGUGUAAAUGUUGUAACCUUUUCUCACCAAGUCAGUCGGAACUCCUCUCCCACGUUUCCGAGAAGCACGCAGAGGAAGGGGUUAAUGUGGAUGAAAUCAUCAUUCCCCUCAGGCCUUUGAGUACCCCUGAGCCCACCAACCCAGGCAAACGCGGAGAUGAGUUUUCGGUCAUGAAGAGGAAGAGAGGCAGGCCCAAGGGGUCCACGAAGAAGCCCAGCCCCGAGGAGGAGCUGGCGGAGCGCAGCGCCCUGCCCGGCGCGGACGGCGCGCGGGCCCCCGAGGAGGGGGGCAGCCUGGAGUGCAGCAAGUGCUGCCGCAAGUUCUCCAACCCGCGCCAGCUCCGCAAGCACAUCUGCAUCAUCGUGCUGAACCUGGGCGAGGCGGAGGGGGACGCAGGUAACGAAUCUGACCUUGAACUGGAGAAGAAGUAUAAGGAAGAGGAUCGAGAAAAGGCCCCGAAGAGGCCGCGGGCGCAGAGAGCGGAGAAAAUCCAGAAGGUCUGCUCGGGAAGGGAUACCCCGCAGAUGUCUGGGGCCAAGAAGCCCAUCAUCAGUGUGGUGUUGACGGCGCACGAGGCGAUUCCAGGUGCUACCAAGAUUGUUCCAGUGGAGGCCGGGCCCCCAGAAACAGGAGCUGCAGACCCCGAGGCCACAGCAGCUGACCUGGCGCCCCGGAGAGGGUACCAGGAGUACGCCAUCCAGCAGACAGCCUACGAGCAGCCCAUGAAGUCCAGCAGGCUCGGGCCCACCCAGCUCAAGAUCUUCACCUGUGAGUACUGCAACAAGGUCUUCAAGUUCAAGCACUCGCUGCAGGCCCACCUGCGGAUCCACACCAAGGAGAAGCCCUACAAGUGCUCGCAGUGCAGCUACGCCAGCGCCAUCAAGGCCAACCUCAACGUGCACCUGCGCAAGCACACGGGCGAGAAGUUCGCGUGCGACUGCUGCUCCUUCACCUGCCUGAGCAAGGGCCACCUCAAGGUGCACGUGGAGCGCGUGCACAAGAAGAUCAAGCAGCACUGCCGCUUCUGCAAGAAGAAGUACUCGGACGUCAAGAACCUCAUCAAGCACAUCCGCGACGCGCACGACCCGCAGGACAAGCCGGUGCAGGAGGCCCUGGACGAGCUGUGCCUGAUGACGCGGGAGGGCAAGCGGCAGCUGCUCUACGACUGCCACAUCUGUGAGCGCAAGUUCAAGAACGAGCUGGACCGCGACCGCCACAUGCUGGUUCACGGCGAUAAGUGGCCCUUCGCCUGCGAGCUCUGUGGCCAUGGCGCCACCAAGUACCAGGCGCUGGAGCUGCACGUCCGGAAGCACCCGUUCGUGUACGUGUGUGCCCUGUGCCCCAAGAAGUUCGUCAGCUCCAUCCGCCUGCGUGCGCACAUCAAGGAGGCGCACGGGGCGGCCCAGGAGACUCUGGUCUUCACCAGCUCCAUCAACCAGAGCUUCUGCCUCCUGGAGCCUGGUGGGGACAUCCAGCAGGAGGCCCUGGGCGGGCAGCUGCAACUGGCAGAAGAGGAGUUUGUGUUCCAGGGGGUGAACGUGCCCAAGGAGGCAGCCAGCCCCGGGGAGGCGCGGCCUGCAGUGGAGCCCGGGGCCCCCGCAGAGGUGCCCACCCCGCCGGUGCGCUCGGCCGCUGCCCAGCCUGACGGCACUGCCCCGGCCCCUCCACCCAGUGAGCUGGCAGCCUCUGCCGUGUCCCCGGACCUCCGUCCGCACGCGGGGCUUUCCAGUGAGUUUUUGAUAAAGAGCGAACCCCCCAUGGCCGAGGGUCCCACUGCUGCUCCCGAGAAGACCGGGGACACCCAGCAGGGAGGCAGUGCCCCAACUCAGGGCCAGGAUGCGGCACCUCUGUUGUCCAAGGCCAAAGGCAUGGAAGCAAACUCUGAGGCCCCGGGUGCCGAGAGCCCCCCAGCCGAGGGGCAGAAAGUGGCAGCCUCCUCGUGCGACGGCCCAGAUCCCAGCAAAGGUCUCAGGUCCAACCCAGCUCAGGCCUCAGACCCUUCCCCGGGAGCUGGUGGGAGGGAGGUGGCCCUGUGCCAGCCUGCCUCUUGCGCGCCCGCCCCCGAGCACCGGGCCGGCCUCACUGCCUUCAUGAAGAUUCUGGACAGUUUGCAGAAGAGGCGGAUGAACACCAGCCUGUGUGAGAGGAUCCGGAAGGUGUACGGGGACCUGGAGUGUGAAUACUGUGGCAAACUUUUUUGGUACCAAGUGCAUUUUGACAUGCAUGUCCGCACCCACACCCGGGAACAUCUGUAUUAUUGCUCCCAGUGUCACUAUUCUUCCAUCACCAAAAACUGCCUUAAACGCCAUGUAAUUCAGAAACACAGUAACAUCUUGCUGAAGUGUCCCACUGACGGCUGUGACUACUCGACUCCAGAUAAAUAUAAGCUGCAGGCACAUCUUAAAGUCCACACUGAGCUGGACAAAAGGAGUUAUUCUUGUCCUGUGUGUGAAAAGUCUUUUUCAGAAGAUCGAUUGAUAAAGUCACAUAUCAAGACCAACCAUCCCGAGGUUUCCAUGAGCACCAUCUCCGAGGUUCUCGGGAGGAGGGUCCAGCUGAAAGGGCUCAUUGGCAAGAGAGCCAUGAAGUGCCCAUACUGUGAUUUCUAUUUCAUGAAGAAUGGCUCAGACCUUCAGCGUCACAUCUGGGCUCAUGAAGGUGUGAAGCCCUUCAAGUGUUCCUUGUGUGAGUACGCAACUCGUAGCAAGAGCAACCUCAAGGCUCACAUGAAUCGUCACAGCACUGAGAAGACCCACCUGUGUGACAUGUGUGGCAAGAAGUUCAAGUCCAAAGGGACGCUGAAAAGCCACAAGCUCCUUCACACCGCCGACGGGAAGCAGUUCAAGUGCACGGUGUGUGACUACACGGCCGCCCAGAAGCCACAGCUGCUACGGCACAUGGAACAGCACGCCUCCUUCAAGCCUUUCCGCUGUGCCCACUGCCAUUACUCGUGCAACAUCUCGGGCUCCCUGAAGCGGCACUACAACCGGAAGCACCCCAACGAGGAGUACAGCAACGUGGGCACCGGGGAGCUGGCGGCCGACGCACUCAUCCAGCAAGGCGGUUUGAAGUGUCCAGUGUGCAGCUUCGUCUAUGGCACCAAGUGGGAGUUCAACAGGCACCUGAAGAACAAGCAUGGCCUGAAGUUGGUGGAGAGUGAAGGAGACCCCAAGUGGGAGCCAGCAACAGAAACUCCCGAGGAGCCUUCCACCCAGUACCUGCACAUCGCAGAAGCUGAAGAGGACGUUCAGGGCACACAGGCUGCCGUGGCCGCCCUCCAGGAUCUGAGAUACACCUCGGAGAGCGGUGACCGACUUGACCCCACGGCCGUCAACAUCCUCCAGCAGAUCAUCGAGCUGGGCACCGAGACCCACGACGCCACCGCCGUUGCCUCGGUGGUUGCCAUGGCACCGGGGACCGUGACCGUCGUGAAGCAGGUCACGGACGAGGAGCCCAGCUCCAACCACACGGUCAUGAUCCAGGAGACCCUCCAGCAGGCCUCCGUCGAGCUGGCCGAGCAGCAUCACCUGGUGGUGUCGUCCGACGACGUGGAGGGCAUCGAGACGGUCACCGUCUACACUCAGGGUGGGGAAACCUCGGAGUUCAUUGUCUACGUGCAGGAGGCUGUGCAGCCCGUGGAGGAGCAGGCCUCAGGGCCACCGGCCCCUGAGCUCUAGAGGACCCGGGGCGUGCCACAGAGCCAUGAGGCGCCCGGGAAGGCCCCAGCCCGGUGCUCCGCGUGCGCUCGCGUCUGCCCUCCCGGCUCCAGUGGCCAUGUGGGGCCCUCCUGGCCCUCCUCUGGGUGGGUAAGGCCAUCGGUUGGCAUCACCAGCAAUACGGGAGCUCCCCCUCCCCUCUCCGCAGCACAGACACACACACACGCCCUCCCCCACUUCAUCCACUUCCAGGAGGACUUUCGCGUCAACUCCCCCAAACAGGGCCCUCCCCAGGCAGCCCCUUUGCAUCAAGAUUCAAACAGAGACCACCCCUCCCCACCCCAGUCCUCAUCAGCACCUUCUCUGAAUCAUGGCCCCAACCCCUGGCCCCCGACCCCGUGUAGGUGCCCUGCCUUUAUCUGGGACUGCCCUGCAGCCCGGCGACCGAGAGACAGCCGCCAGAGGAGGUGACCUUAGCGUUUCUGAAUCACUUAGCAGAGAAAAGAGGGGAGGGAUGGGCCUGCAGAGUCCCGCCCUCCUGGAGCCUCCGAGGCGCUUACUAUCAUGUGACGUGAGCGUGAUUUGUUGACCCUCCCAGUCCCAUCCCAGGUGGAGGGGUCUCAGCUUCCUCUCUUAGAAUUCUUUUGCUUUUCCAAUAAAUGCACUUUUUCCUAUUUGCCGCCUGCUCUAAGGAGGUGGGAUGGAUAGAAUCAAAGCAUUUCUCUACCUGAGUCCUUCUCCUCCUUUAGGUUGGCGGGUUUAUGUGCCCCCCCGCCACAUCCCACCCGCUCUGAGACCCCGGGCCCUGAACUUGACGGUGACUGUCGUUCUCCCUCUAAAGCAUGAGCCUUGUUUCGGGGUCACUGUGAGAGGCCAGUGGUCUUCCCUUCCACUUCCCGGCACUUCACUUUGGUUUGCUGCAGCCUAAAGGAGGCAGCGGCCACUCCCCGCUUCAGGAGGGGUGGUAAACCCACCAUCAAGCCUUCCCAACGCUCCUAAGUCUGACCUUUUCGUCCAGGGGCUCUUGGUAAACCCCACACUUUCUGCACCUCUGCUGUGUGACAGCUUUGUGGGGGUGUCAAGGCAAGUACCGCCACCCCCAGUCCAGCCCUGGGGUCUCCUGAUGGCGUCACUCACUGUCCAGCUCACUGAGGUCAAGAUUUUUUUUUUUAUCAAAUGAAGUUUUAUUUAAUUUAUAGUGAUUCUAACCAAUUAUUUGAAUAAACCAUCCUUUUGAGGUGUAAAAUGCCAAA